CGCUGCCACAUCCGGGACUCUGCCGGAGCUCCUUCACACGACGCCUGCCCGGGUCUGCCUCCAGUCGCCCCUCCGAGCUCCACCCCCACCGCGGCGGCAUCCUCCAGCACCGACAUGGAGCGCAUGAAGCUGACCGAGUACCAGAGGACAACUUUGGAGGACAACUUCAACAAAGUCAGCAAGUUUCCCGACGAAACGACGCUCAUGUUGGUGGCGGCCGAGUGUGGACUCACCGUGGCGGAGACGCAGAAGUGGUUCCGGCUGCGCACGGCUCAGUGGCGCCAGGCCGAGGGUCUUCCAGCUGAACAGGGCUCCGUCUUGGAUUGAGACCCUCUCCGUCUUUGGACUUUUUCCCCUCCCUGCCUCCUCCCUCUUUGUUGCGUACUUGGAUGAAGCUCUUGGAACUUACGGAAUGUGAAGGUGUUUCUUUUGCAAUAUAACCUCCAUGUUUUUCAUGAAUGAACACAUUAAUAUGAAUAAAUUAAGAGUAUAAA